AUGCCAAGAAACACUAAAAACUCUUUUGGCCAAGACUAUCGACAAAUUAAAUGAACAGAUAAUUUUUUUUCGUCGAACAAAUCCCAAAUGAUUGUGCAGAGCAUGCGACGCGCCUAAAUUACGCCCAAAAUAAAAGCAAAAGUGACAAAUGGCCGCAAAGUGCAACAAAUAAAAGACACGCAAAAAUAUCAGCAAAUUAAAUACGAAACAUUGAAGUCGAGCGCCGAGCUCGAACAGAUAAGCAGACAGGCAUACACACAUAUAUAGUACACAUAUAUAGUACAUACUAUAUCGCCAUUAUCGCCAAAAUGUUGGCCGACUCGUAUCUGAUAAAGUUUCUGCUGCGGCAGUUCCAAGUGCAGCAGCAGGACGCCCAGCAUCUGCUGUUGGUCUUCCUCAGCUUUCUGGCGCUGAUCAGCCUGCUGCAAUGGCUCCUGCGGCAUUAUCGUGUGCUCCGCAAGCUGCCGCCCGGCCCCUGGGGUCUGCCCAUCAUUGGCUAUCUUCUGUUCAUGGGCAAUGAGAAGCACACGCGCUUCAUGGAGCUGGCCAAGCAAUAUGGCUCGCUCUUCUCCGCCCGACUCGGCAGCCAAUUGACGGUCGUGAUGAGCGACUAUAAAAUGAUACGCGAGUGCUUUCGGCGCGAGGAGUUCACAGGACGACCGGACACGCCGUUUAUGCAAACGCUGAACGGAUAUGGCAUCAUCAACAGCACGGGCAAGCUAUGGAAGGAUCAGCGCCGCUUUCUGCACGACAAGCUCCGUCAGUUUGGGAUGACCUACAUGGGCAAUGGCAAGCAGCAGAUGCAGAAGCGCAUUAUGACGGAGGUUCAUGAGUUCAUUGGCCAUUUGCAUGCCAGCGACGGUCAGCCCGUUGAUCUAUCGCCCGUCAUUUCGGUGGCUGUCAGCAAUGUCAUCUGCAGCCUGAUGAUGUCCACACGUUUCUCCAUCGAUGAUCCAAAAUUCCGUCGCUUCAACUUUCUAAUUGAGGAGGGCAUGCGUCUGUUUGGAGAAAUUCACACGGUCGACUACAUACCGACUGUGCAAUAUUUUCCAAGCAUCUCUACGGCCAAGAAUAAGAUUGCCAAGAAUCGUGCUGAGAUGCAAAGGUUCUAUCAGGAUGUGAUCGAUGAGCAUAAGCGUAGCUUCGAUCCCCAAAAUAUACGCGAUCUGGUUGAUUACUAUCUGUGCGAGAUUGAGAAGGCCAAGGCCGAGGGCACUGAUGCCGAGCUCUUCGAUGGCAAAAAUCAUGAGGAACAACUUGUCCAGGUGAUAAUUGAUUUGUUCUCGGCUGGCAUGGAAACGAUUAAGACAACACUGUUGUGGAUCAAUGUGUUCAUGCUGCGCAAUCCCAAAGAAAUGCGUCGUGUACAGGAUGAGCUGGAUCAGGUGGUGGGUCGCCAUCGUCUGCCCACCAUUGAGGAUCUGCAAUACUUGCCCAUCACUGAGUCAACAAUUCUGGAAUCGAUGCGACGCUCUAGCAUUGUGCCAUUGGCCACCACACACUCGCCCACAAGAGAUGUCGAGCUGAAUGGUUACACAAUUCCAGCCGGCUCCCAUGUCAUUCCCCUGAUCAACAGCGUGCACAUGGACCCCAAUCUGUGGGACAAGCCCGAAGAGUUCCGGCCAUCGCGCUUCAUCGAUACGGAGGGCAAGGUGCGCAAGCCCGAAUACUUUAUACCCUUCGGUGUGGGACGUCGCAUGUGCCUCGGCGAUGUUCUGGCACGAAUGGAGCUCUUCUUGUUCUUCGCCUCGUUUGUGCACUGCUUUGACAUUGCGCUGCCCGAUGGCCAACCGCUGCCCAGUUUGAAGGGCAAUGUGGGCGCCACCAUAACGCCCGAGGCCUUCAAGGUGUGCCUCAAGAGGAGGCCGUUGGCGCCGACCGCCAGUGAACCGCAUCUCUUGCGCAAUGUGGGCGCGAUUUAAAGAUGAUGGGUGCGUUGAGAAGGGCUUUCAGAGCACGGUUUUGUUCCUACCAAAAAAAUAAAACAACAACAAAAAAACAACAACACAAAAACCACAACAAAAAACAACAAAAAACACACACACACAUACACACACCUAUACACCUAAAGACGCAAGUCGUUAAAUGUUCUAUGAGCGGGCAGUUGAGAAUUCGAAGUUUCUCAUCGGAAAGAGAAAAUCUAUAGAAACAAAAAAGAAAGCUAGCCAUAACAUGCAACAGUAUAUAUAUACAUAUAUACAUAUAUACAUACAUACAUA